AUGACAAACCAGAAAACAUCGAUACAUCAACUCGGCGGUAAGGUGUCCAACAACCUGACCUCCAACGGCUCUCAGACAUACGGGCACGGUCCCACACAUGUCAACGGCAGCCAGCGAACCGAUGGCCUUAUUGACACCACAUCGCGGGCGCAGGAGCUGAAGACGCUCCUCUCAGCGGUCAUCGACCGACUCAUCCCCUUCAUCGAGUCCGCCGACGCCGAAGUCCAAGCACACCAGAACCACCAAGAACUCAGCAAAUCCUCGCUCGUGGAGGCUCACGCUCCAUCCGACCUGCACGCCAUCCUCACAGCGAACGGCACACUAUCAAUACCCAACCAAGGAACCGGCCAGGAUGGGCUUCUGGACACGCUGGCCUCGGUAUUGAAGUACAGCGUGAACACAUCCUGCCCUGGGUUCCUGGACAAGCUGUACGCGGCGCCGCUCCCACCCGGCAUCGCCGCCGACCUGGUCCUCAGCGUGCUCAACACCAAUCUACACGUCUACCAAGUCUCCCCGGUCCUCUCGCUGAUUGAGACACACGUCGCGCGCGCUCUGACGGGCAUGUUCGGCUUCACGGGGCCCCGCGCCGGCGGGAUCAACGUGCAGGGCGGCAGCGCGAGCAAUCUGACGAGCAUCGUGAUCGCGCGCAACACGCUAUUCCCGGACACGAAGCGGCUAGGCAACAACGCCGGCGGCCGCUCGUUGGUUCUGUUCACCUCGGAGCAUGGACACUAUAGUAUCGAAAAGGCCGCGCAGCAGUGCGGAUUCGGUAGUGCCAGUGUGGUGUCUGUGCCGGUUGAUCCGGUCACGGGGGAGAUGGAUCCUACUGCGCUCGAGACGUUGAUUAUCCGCGAAAAGAGGCAUGGCAAGACUCCCUUCUAUGUCAACGCCACUGCGGGGACUACUGUGUUGGGCUCGUUCGAUCCGUUCGCUGCCAUUGCCGAGGUUGUGAGGAAAUACGGGCUGUGGCUGCACAUCGAUGGGGCGUGGGGCGGCAGUUUUGUCUUCAGCGAGGUCCUGCGUCAAAGAUCCUUGCGAGAGUGCAAUUUGGCGGACAGUAUCGCCAUCAAUCCGCACAAGAUGCUCGGAGUGCCGGUGACGUGCAGUUUCCUGCUCCUCAAAGAUCUGCGACAUGCUCAUCGAGCAAAUACACUAAGAGCAGGAUAUCUGUUCCACGAUAAGGAAAACGAACAAGACGAAGCAGAGAAUGACCCUAAUGACAACGACAGUGUCGAUGUCGAGGACGGACAAGUAAAUGGCCACGCAAAAACCAAUGGACACAUCGAUGGGGAGGAAGGGGAAGAAGAUGAGGAAUGGACUCCUCCUGACGACCUAGCAGAUCUCACACUGCAGUGUGGCCGGCGCGGAGACAGCCUCAAAUUUUUCUUCGCAUGGCAAUACUACGGCACGUCCGGCUACCGCGCGAAAAUCGAGAACGCAUACUCGGUGGCGUGCCACUUUGCGGAUCUGGUCGACCGACAUCCAGACCUGGUCCUCGUCAGCACGAACCCGCCACCCUGUCUGCAGGUGUGCUUCUAUUUUGCGCCGGGCGGGAGAAUGGUAUACAACGUUGACGAUGAAGUGCGUGGAGGGAAACAGAAAGAGACUCAGCCAGACAUAAAAACGAAGCUGAGAACAGGAAAACGCAAUUCAUCCCUCACAAGUCGGAUCAGCCAGUCGUUGAUCCCGCGAGGUUUUCUCGUCGACUUCGCACCGGCCUUGAGCCAUGAAGUUGAGAAGGGCUCUUUUUUCCGUGCCGUUGUCAACAUCUCCACCACCAAAGCGACUGUUGAAAGACUUGUCGAUGAGGUUGGCGCGGCUGGACGAGCUUUUUUGCAAAACCAGAAAAAAGUAUAG